AUGUUUUCAUUUGAAGGAGACACUGGUCCAUACCUCCAAUAUGCACACGCUCGUCUAUGUUCGAUCGAGCGUAAUUGUGGGCUUGUGGUCAAGCCGUCAAUAAACUUUGAUCUGCUGAAGGAAAAACCCGCGAUAGAACUCAUAGAUAUGAUUGCGCAGUAUCCUGAUGUAGUCAAGUCCGCUCUGUACACAUUGGAACCGUGCACUGUUGUGACAUAUGCGAUGAAAUUAAGUCAUAUCGUUUCUGUGGCGUUAGAGUCUUUGUGGGUUAUGGGGGUGGAAUCUCAGUUGGCAGAGGCCAGGUUACUAAUGUUUUGGGCCACCCGAAUAACGCUUGGCAAUGCGCUCAAAUUGUUGGGUCUCAGGCCAUUGGAGCGAAUGUGA